AAAAUGUCCUGGUCCUUAAGGGGUUAAAUUUACUUUAUCCGUUUCUUUCUUCAAUUUUUUUAACGGAAGAAAAAAUACUGUAUGUGCUGUCUUUUCUCCAGUAAAAAAAAAGAAAACGGAAAUUAGUGCAGAUGGGUGAAAACGGAUGUGAAAGGAUUGUAAAAAAAAAAAAAACAUUGACAUCAAUGGGAUUAUUUUACAACCGUUUGUAAUCCGUUUACAAGCAGCAACAGCGGAACCUAAUUGGGGAAAAAAAACUGGGACAGACUGAAUCAUCCGGUUCAUUGAAAAAAAACGGAUCAAAAGAACAAAUACUCAUGAACCGGACAUCACUAGUAGCAGUGCUGGCUCCGCUGUUGCCCCUCCGGUGACCCCCUCAGUCCCGCCCGGUAGGUCCUCCGUCCUCACCCCCUCCCCACCUUGUGCCGUCCGCGGCCCCGUCCCUCCCCCGGGUGUUGCUGCAGUGUCUGCUCUGGGCGGGUCCGUUCCUGACGUCGCUUCCUUCCAACAUGGCGAGGAGAAGAUCUGAGCUUCCCUGAGCAGCCGAGCCCCGUCACACUGACAGCCGCCGCCGGUAUCCCAGCGUCCGCCUCCUUCCCGCCGCCACACACAGGAGCUGCCUGGGCUGUGAUGGGGCGACCUCCACCUGAAGCCCCAGACGCGUUCCGACAUUAGCCGGGAUCUGACGCCAGCUCCGAGCCGGAGGAGGCGCAUUACACAGCGGAUUCCAACAUGUUCCUCACCCGGGCCCUGGAGAAGAUCCUCAGUGACAAGGAGGUGAAGAGGGCGCAUCACAGCCAGCUGCGGAAGGCGUGCGAGGUGGCGCUAGAGGAAAUAAAGUGUGAAGCAGAAAAGCAAAGUCCUCCCCAAGGAGAUGUGAAGGCCGGUUCUAGCACCCUUCCGCCGGUGAAAUCAAAGGCUACUUUUAUUGAAGCUGACAAGUACUUUUUACCCUUUGAACUUGCGUGCCAGUCCAAAUGCCCGCGGAUUGUAAGCACAUCUCUGGAUUGUUUGCAGAAACUUAUUGCAUAUGGACACUUGACUGGCAACGCACCCGAUAGCACAACACCCGGCAAGAAGUUAAUCGACCGGAUUAUCGAAACUAUAUGUGGCUGCUUCCAAGGACCCCAAACAGAUGAAGAUGUCCAAUUGCAAAUCAUAAAGGCCCUUCUCACAGCUGUUACUUCACAGCAUAUAGAGAUUCACGAAGGAACUGUACUACAAGCAGUAAGAACAUGCUACAACAUCUACCUGGCCAGCAAAAAUCUUGUCAAUCAAACCACAGCCAAGGCGACCCUGACACAGAUGCUCAAUGUAAUAUUUGCACGGAUGGAAAACCAGGCGCUCCAAGAAGCAAAACAUAUGGAGAAGGAACGACACAAACAGCAGCAUCAUCUGCAGCACUCUCCACUAAGCCACCAUGAGCUGGAAUUGCCACAGAUGAGACACAUUAUAGAGCAGACAGAUCAGCUGGCUCGGGAGCAUGACGGUGAAAUGGACCGACAUCCGAGCUAUGGAGAAAAUGUAGAACAGGAAAAUGGAUAUGAUGCUCAAACCACAGAGAAUGAGAAUCCUGAUGUGGACCAGUCUGCACACACUGAAGAUCACUCCAAACCAGAUUUGGCAAUAGGAGUAGAUGGCAGUAAUGAGUGUGAAGAAAACACCCAGGAUAUUAUUCAGAGUAUAAUACAGGAAAUGCUCAAGUCUGUAGUGGGAGGUGAUGAGACCAUCCAUAUUGAAUGUGCUGCAAGAACAUCAGAAGAUGGCAGUGAUGGGGAUGCUAUUCAUGCCAAUGGUAUACCUGGCACACCGAUAUCUAUGUCAUACACCCCCUCCCUACCAGAUGACAGGCUGUCCGUCUCCUCCAAUGACACUCAGGAAUCGGGAAAUAUGUCAGGGCCUACUCCUGGUGCUAAGUUCUCUCAUAUUUUACAAAAGGAUGCCUUCCUAGUUUUUAGGUCACUAUGUAAAUUAUCUAUGAAACCACUGUCUGAUGGACCGCCAGACCCAAAGUCCCAUGAAUUGCGUUCAAAGGUUUUAUCUUUGCAGCUGCUCUUGUCAAUACUGCAGAAUGCAGGCCCCAUCUUCAAGACCAAUGAGAUGUUCAUUAAUGCUAUUAAACAGUACCUCUGCGUUGCACUGUCUAAAAACGGUGUAUCAUCCGUCCCAGAAGUCUUUGAGCUUUCUCUCUCUAUCUUCCUGACGCUUUUAUCAAACUUCAAAUUGCACUUAAAGAUGCAGAUUGAGGUUUUCUUCAAAGAAAUAUUCCUUUAUAUUCUGGAAACAUCAACUAGUUCAUUUGAUCAUAAAUGGAUGGUUAUUCAGACAUUGACAAGAAUCUGUGCAGAUGCACAAAGUGUCGUAGAUAUUUAUGUCAAUUACGACUGUGAUUUGAACGCAGCAAACAUCUUUGAAAGAUUGGUUAAUGAUCUCUCUAAGAUUGCUCAAGGAAGAGGCAGUCAAGAACUUGGCAUGUCAAAUGUUCAGGAAUUAAGUCUAAGGAAGAAAGGCCUGGAAUGUCUGGUUUCCAUUUUGAAAUGUAUGGUAGAGUGGAGCAAAGACUUGUAUGUGAAUCCAAACUCUCAGACUACCCUUGGUCAAGAGAAACCUGUAGAACAGGAGACAAAUGAAACAAAACACCCAGAAACCAUCAAUCGAUAUGGAAGUCUGAACUCUCUGGAUUCUACCACCUCUUCAGGCAUUGGCAGCUACAGCACACAGAUGUCUGGCACCGAUAACCCUGAGCAGUUUGAAGUCUUGAAACAGCAAAAAGAAAUCAUAGAGCAAGGGAUAGAUCUAUUUAAUAAGAAACCAAAAAGAGGAAUCCAGUAUUUGCAAGAGCAAGGGAUGUUGGGUAAUACCCCAGAAGACAUUGCCCAGUUCCUGCAUCAAGAGGAGCGUUUAGAUUCAACUCAGGCUGGAGAAUUCCUAGGAGACAAUGACAAAUUUAACAAAGAAGUCAUGUAUGCCUACGUGGACCAGCAUGACUUUUUAGGAAAGGACUUUGUGUCUGCUCUCCGAAUGUUUCUGGAAGGAUUCCGCCUUCCGGGUGAAGCCCAAAAAAUUGAUCGCCUGAUGGAAAAGUUUGCUGCCCGAUACCUUGAAUGCAAUCAGGGGCAAACCUUGUUUGCUAGUGCAGACACCGCUUAUGUUUUGGCGUACUCCAUCAUUAUGCUGACAACAGAUCUUCACAGUCCUCAGGUGAAGAAUAAAAUGACAAAAGAACAGUACAUCAAAAUGAAUCGAGGUAUUAAUGACAGCAAGGACCUUCCUGAAGAGUAUCUGUCUGCCAUCUACAAUGAGAUUGCUGGGAAAAAAAUUUCCAUGAAGGAAACAAAGGAGCAUGCAAUCCCUACCAAAUCCUCCAAGCCAAGUGUUGCUAGUGAAAAGCAGAGGAGGUUACUGUACAACUUGGAAAUGGAGCAGAUGGCAAAGACCGCCAAGGCUUUGAUGGAGGCAGUGAGUCACGUCCAGGCUCCCUUCACCAGUGCCACCCACCUGGAGCAUGUCAGACCAAUGUUCAAGUUGGCAUGGACGCCGUUUCUUGCGGCAUUCAGUGUGGGCUUACAAGACUGCGAUGAUACUGAAGUGGCUUCUCUGUGUUUGGAGGGAAUCCGCUGUGCAAUAAGGAUUGCUUGCAUCUUUAGCAUCCAGCUGGAACGAGAUGCCUAUGUACAAGCCUUAGCAAGGUUUACAUUAUUAACAGUGAGCUCUGGAAUUACGGAGAUGAAACAGAAGAACAUCGAUACCAUCAAAACUCUCAUCACUGUGGCUCAUACAGAUGGAAACUACUUAGGAAGCUCAUGGCAUGAGAUUUUGAAGUGCAUUAGCCAACUUGAACUGGCACAGUUAAUUGGCACUGGAGUGAAGCCACGUUACAUCUCUGGAACAAUGAGGAACAGAGAAGGGUCAUUUACUGGAACCAAAGACCAGGCCUCAGAUGAGUUUGCCAGCUUGGGCUUAGUUGGAGGAAAUGUUGACUGGAAGCAGAUGGCAAGUAUACAGGAAUCUAUAGGCGAGACAAGUUCACAAAGUGUUGUGGUGGCUGUGGACAGAAUAUUCACUGGAUCUACAAGGCUGGAUGGAAAUGCUAUAGUGGAUUUUGUGCGCUGGCUUUGUGCAGUUUCAAUGGAUGAACUGGUGUCCCCCACACACCCACGUAUGUUUAGCUUACAGAAAAUUGUUGAGAUAUCCUACUACAACAUGGGUCGUAUUAGACUCCAGUGGUCCAGGAUAUGGGAGGUCAUUGGGGAUCAUUUUAAUAAGGUUGGUUGCAACCCAAAUGAGGAUGUUGCCAUAUUUGCAGUAGAUUCCUUAAGACAGCUUUCUAUGAAAUUCUUAGAAAAAGGGGAGCUUGCAAAUUUCCGCUUCCAGAAAGAUUUCUUAAGACCAUUUGAGCACAUUAUGAAGAAAAAUAGGUCACCAACCAUUCGGGACAUGGUUGUUCGCUGUAUUGCACAGAUGGUAAAUUCCCAAGCUGCUAACAUUCGCUCAGGCUGGAAAAACAUAUUCUCGGUUUUUCACUUGGCUGCAUCAGACCAGGAUGAAAGCAUAGUAGAGCUUGCCUUUCAGACCACUGGGCACAUAGUCACUCUCGUGUUUGAAAAACAUUUUCCUGCCACCAUUGAUUCUUUUCAAGAUGCAGUGAAAUGUCUGUCUGAGUUUGCAUGUAAUGCAGCGUUUCCAGACACCAGCAUGGAAGCCAUUCGUCUCAUCCGUCAUUGUGCUAAAUAUGUUUCUGACCGGCCACAGACGUUCAAGGAGUACACAAGUGAUGACAUGAAUGUGGCGCCUGAAGACCGUGUUUGGGUGAGAGGAUGGUUCCCCAUUCUGUUUGAGCUGUCCUGCAUCAUCAACAGAUGCAAAUUAGAUGUAAGAACCAGGGGCCUGACCGUUAUGUUUGAGGUCAUGAAGACUUAUGGACACACGUUUGAGAAACACUGGUGGCAGGAUUUAUUCAGAAUCGUCUUCAGAAUCUUUGAUAACAUGAAACUCCCAGAGCAGCAGACGGAGAAAGCAGAAUGGAUGACUACAACAUGCAAUCAUGCUCUCUAUGCAAUAUGUGAUGUCUUCACCCAGUACUUUGAAGUGCUCAGUGAUGUCUUGCUGGAUGAUAUUUUCUCCCAGCUCUACUGGUGUGUACAGCAAGAUAAUGAACAGCUCGCUCGAUCCGGAACAAAUUGCCUAGAAAAUGUUGUUAUUCUAAAUGGAGAGAAAUUCACCCUGGAAAUCUGGGACAAAACCGGCAACUGUAUGCUCGAUAUCUUCAAGACCACAAUUCCACACACGUUGUUAACAUGGAAACCAUCGGCUGGAGAGAUUGACUUGAGUGCACAGUCGGAAAAGCAGCUGGAUUCUAUAUCUCAGAAGUCGGUGGAUAUCCAUGACUCCAUCCAGCCCCGGACAGUAGACGGCAGACGCAGUACCCAGCCUGGAAUAACAAGUGUGUCCAACGAGGACUCGUACUUGAUAAGAUCCGGAGCAAAACUUCCAGAACAGAAGCUUUUUUCAGCAUUGUUAAUCAAAUGUGUGGUGCAACUUGAACUCAUUCAGACCAUCGACAAUAUUGUGUUCUUCCCAGCAACCAGUAAGAAAGAGGAUGCAGAGAAUCUGGCUGCCGCUCAGAGGGACGCUGUUCAUUUUGAUGUCCACGUAGACACUCAGGAUCAAGGCAUGUAUCGCUUCCUCACAUCUCAACAACUCUUCAAACUCCUCGACUGUCUCCUUGAAUCUCACAGAUUUGCAAAAGCUUUUAACUCCAAUAAUGAGCAGAGGACCGCUCUGUGGAAGGCAGGCUUCAAGGGCAAAUCAAAGCCAAAUCUCCUGAAACAGGAGACAAGUAGCCUCGCCUGUGGUCUGCGGAUCCUAUUCCGCAUGUACAUGGAUGAGAGCCGCAAGAGUGCUUGGGAUGAGGUUCAGCAACGGUUGCUCAAUGUUUGCAGUGAAGCUUUGAGUUAUUUUUUGACCCUGACGUCUGAAAGUCACCGAGAAGCCUGGACUAAUCUUCUGCUACUGUUCCUGACAAAGGUCCUGAAGAUCAGUGAUGAACGGUUUAAAGCCCACGCCUCUUUUUAUUAUCCCCUGCUAUGUGAAACCAUCCAGUUUGACCUGAUCCCAGAACUACGUGCUAUCCUCAGAAGAUUUUUCCACCGAAUCGGGCUUGUUUUUAAAAUCUCUCUACCCCCAGAUCUGGAUCAUGAGAGAUCAGGACAAAGUGCGGAGACUACUGAUUUGAAGUCCACAGAGGAGAUCCAAAGGCCUUCUUCUCAAGAUAACCUCUGAAUUAGAAUGGUUUUCUAUUGCGGUUUUAAUGGUACAACGGCUUAAGAGGACGAGGUCACUUCAUUACACUCCAGACUUGUCUUGUGGUGAACACCGUCUCUGUACAGGUUCUUCUUUUUUUCUUUCUUUCUUUUUUUUUUUUCCCAGCACAAAGCUGGAUUGUCUCUUUCCAGACCCUUAUUGCUGUACAAUACAGCAGGUCCGGGGAUUGUACAACUUGUAUACAACGUAUAAAAAUAACUUUAGAAUUCCAAGGCCUACAAGUUGUUCCUCAGCUGCAUAAGCGAUUAAAAUGGCAAAGUUCACUUUCAGGCGGAAGGAUUAACCCUUUUACUGCCGUGAAGGUUGAAGGAAUCUGACGUGGCUAUUUUAUGUUGCACUCUGUUUAUCAAUGAACUUUUCAACAUCUAUGGGGUAAAAUGUACAGACGUGCAGGUCUGUAAGAUAAAACCGUAAAACACUAUAUGCCGAUCUUCCUGCAAUAUUUGAUUUUUUCCUAAUUUUCUCACUGAUUUGCUGCAGAUUCCCAUUAUUUUAUCAUUUAUGGAAUGCACUAGGUUUUUUUGAAAUUUAAAAAAUAAAAUUAAAAAAAAAAGAAUAUUUUUUUAGUUUUCUGUAAUAUUCUCUUUUAGCCCUGACUUUACUGCUGCUGACUUUUCAGCUGACAAUGUCGCAUUUGAAUUACCUGUAAAAUAAUAACGGGGCUUUGAAUAAAAUCAAGAGCAAUUCCUCCAGUGACCUGGAACUUGAAUCAUUGUAGCAAGUCUAGGUAGUGUCUGCUGUUAUAAUUAUAUUCCUUUGUUUGAUGUAGAUUUCACUCUGUACAGAAAUUAUUGUUAAAUAUAUAAAAGUAACAAAUUUGGCUGGGUUUGGCCUGUGGGAAAAUUAUUUAAAAAAAAAAAAAAAAAAUUCCGGGAACUAUAUCACUACUGUGAAUUGUGCUUCAAUGGUAACAAAACAAGAAACAGAUUAAAGUGUCGAGCAUUC